UCAAGUUGUCAAUGUCAAAUUGAUUUGGCAAGAACAUUUAUGGCGCGGAUUUUUGUUGUGUAUAAACUUAGUAAAUUAAUUAUCUUAAAUUGAUGAAAAACUAACAGUUUAAAACAAUGACUACAUACAAUAAAACGUUUCGAUUGUUGGCAUCAAAGCUAAGUCUUCAAGACGAAGAAAAUGUUUUAAGAAAAGCGGCGGAAUUGGAGCGUCUUCUACAAACCAAGACGAUUGCGGGUAGUAAUAUAACUGACAACAGUAAAAUUGUAAUAUGUUUAGAUUUGGCCGCAAAUAUGUAUGGUGUAGAUUUAGAUUUGAAAACAGCAGUCAAAUACUCCGGUCUCAAACAACCAACAUAUUUAAAUUCAAGAAAAAUAUUAGAAAAUCUUUUAGAACUAAAUGAUGAUAAAAUGUCAAUUUCAUGUUUAUGUAUAUCACUUCAAUCCACUGAAGUGCAAGCAUUAGCUGAAGAUAUCCUUGAAGAGUAUAAGAAAAAAUCUAAAAUGGAUAUUGACUUAAAUCUACCUCAAUAUGUUUGUAUGGCUGUAUACCAUGCUUGCAGAAUAAAUAAGGUUAAAAUUACAAAAAGUAAAGUAAUCGAGAAGUCCCGUUUGAAGCCAUCACAGUGGAGUAAAUUAGAUGCAGAAUGGAGUAAAUUUGUUAAUGAUAAUUUUGCUUCUGUUAAGAAGACAAAAGGUCGACCUCGUAAAGAAGUUAUAGAAGAUGCUAAUAAUGGAAUAGAAAAUAAUACAUCAAUCAAAGAAGAACCAACGGAUCAGAUAGAACCUUACGAUGUCUGGAAGAAACGUAUACUCGAAGAGGCUUAUAAAGAACUAAUGGCAAUGGAAGAAGUAGAAAAAGUACAAAAUGUUAUGCCUAUAAGACGGUCUCCAAGAAAAACCCCACAAAAAACUUCUCCAUACAAAACGCCUAUUAAAGGAAAAGGGAUUAGGUUAUUGUUUCCUAGGAAUUAA